AUGAACCUGGGCAAGCUCUCACCCGUGGGCUGGGUGUCCAACUCGCAGGGGAAGAAGCGGCUGACCGCAGACAUGAUCAGCCCCCCACUCGGGGAUUUCCGCCACACCAUGCAUGUGGGCCGCGGCGGGGACGUCUUCGGUGACACCUCCUUCCUCAGCAACCAUGGUGGCGGCUCAGGGAGCACCCACCGCUCACCCCGGGGCUUCCUGGCCAAGAAGCUGCAGCUGGUGCGGAGGGUGGGGGCCCCACCCCGGAGGAUGGCUUCUCCGCCCGCACCCUCACCUGCUCCACCGGCCAUCUCCCCCAUCAUCAAGAAUGCCAUCUCCCUGCCUCAGCUCAACCAGGCGGCCUAUGACAGCCUCGUGGUGGGCAAGCUCAGCUUUGACCGCAGCCCUGGCAGCUCCACGGACGGCCACUCUGCUUACGGAGUGGACUCUGGGUUCUGCACCAUCUCCCGCCUGCCUCGCCCAGAAAAGCCUCGUGACCGAGACCGUGAUAGCUCCUUCCCCACUGAGCCUGAGCUUCGACGCUCUGACUCCCUCCUGUCCUUCCGCCUGGACCUCGACCUUGGGCCCUCCCUCCUCACUGAGCUCCUGGGGGCCAUGAGCCUCUCAGAAGGCUCUGCAGCGGAGACCCCAGCCCCGGCUCCUGCUGCAAGUCCCCCAGCCUCUGUUGCAAACCCCCCGGCCCCUGCCUCAAGCCCCUCACCUCGUGGACGCUGCCCCAAUGGGGUAACCACCAGGUUGGGCCCAGUGGCCGAGGUGAGGGCCAGCGCGGUGGGAGAGGGCCCCCGUGCGCCUGCUGGUGAGGGCCCCGGCAGGCACUGGGGAGCUGUCUCGGGUGGCAGCCAAAGCCGCCGCCACUACACUGACGUGGAUGCUCGGGGCGAGGGGGUGGGGGCAUUGUCCCAGGUUCGGGCCUCCUGGGGGAGCCUGGACGAAGAGUGGGGGGCAUCCCAGGCAGGCAGCAGGACCCCCGUGCCCAGCACAGUGCAGGCCAACACCUUCGAGUUUGCUGAUGCUGAGGAGGACGACGAGGUCAAGGUGUGA